AUGACUCAAUGGGCCAUUGCACCACUAGAAGGCCUGUACAACUCGAUUGAGCAGGGAAGUCUCGAUAACUCGCAGUAUGACCGGAAUCUGGCCGAUUUAAAGGCUUUAAAUGUUUUAGAUGGAAAAACGAAAAAUGCCACCAGCAGAGCACAACUCGAGAAAGGCGAGAUCAAAUUGUCGUCGGGAGACAUUCACCAAGUCAACGAGGCGUUUGUGUUUGCGGCCAUUGGCCUCUCUGAUGAGCUGAAUCUAGAUGAAGUAGUUUCAGCGGAGCUUAUACUGCUAAAUUGUGACAUUGAUUCGGACGAUGAAAACUCGAACAUUGCCCUGAUCAACGGGGCCAAAGUAGCCUUUUACAUUAGACGGCAGUACGUCUUGCAGAUUGUGUCAUAUGUCACCAAUUGCUGUGACUCUAACGAUAAAGUGUAUUCUGACUUGGUUUCGGACGGCACCUUGAUCAAAAACCUCGUUUCUGCCUUCAAAGAAGUCGAGACCCAGUUGGAAGAGAUAAAGCAGCUCGUGACCAAGACGAAAAUGCUAGAUAGCUACGAUGCAUUCGCCAAGCAAAACGUGCGCUUUAGACGGGACUUUCUUCUGACAGAGUAUGAUUCGUUAAGUCAGAUUCUUCAUGGCUUGGUUAGGAAUGGCACAUUCAUGAAAAAGGAAAGACUUCUGGAUAUUGUACAUCGGGUCUCAGAUAUGGACCCUAGCGACUUUUUUAUUGUCUACUUCCUUUCGUCUCUCCUGCAGGCCUUUUCGCAACUACACGUUCUCCCUGACAGCGACGUGAGGGACCUUCACAAACAAUUCGUCGAGGAACUCAAAAAUGACACCAUAUACGCGAAGCCCGUCAAGGUCGCAAUCAUUUUCGCCUUCCUAGCUUUCUUUAUUGGAUGGUGCAAGGAGGAUCCUUCCAAAAGAGCAUCUUCAUAUGACUUUGCCACUGCGGUGGAUGAACCAAUGACAAAAGCUGUUAGCUUAGGAGCUAUUGAGCAAUUCAUGGCGUUUGCGGCUGAUACUUCCGAACUCGAAAAAGACAGCAGCAUAGAGCUUUUUUACGAUAUUAGAUCUUUGCUACAGAAGCACAUACCGAGACUAUAUGCUAGACAGCUUAUAGAUACUGACCAGUCGUCUCAUGAAUACAACUCGAAUUCAUCAGACUUCGAGACUAUCCGUUUAUCUCAGCAGGGCCAAAAUCUACUUCUUCCUGCCUUCAAUCAAUUGUUACAAGUUAUCAUUACAGACUGUGCUUUUCUAUUGACGAAGAUGAAAGACGCCGAAGAGGACUCUUUGCUCUCGGGAGAAGAUUUGUUUCUGGACGAGAUAUCGGCAAAGGCGGAUUUGGAACGAUUCUUUCUGACCGUCCAUUACUUCUACGCUUUCAGACCAGAGUAUUGUGCGGUUUUUUGGCAAGACAAAGAGUCAAGCGCAUAUGGUUUUAUUGAAUGGGCAAUGAAAUGUACAGAUACAUUAAUGCGAUCUUCAGUGUUUCUGAUGCUUUCGAGUCUUGCUUUCGGAGAGGAAAACUCGCUCAAUGUUUACCAUUACGUCAAUCAAAAUUCACAAUUUUCCUGGAUUCACAUCGCUCAAAUCAUAAGCGACUACAUCGUCAAAAUAUUGGAUGUUGAAAGAAAACUAGAAGAAAGUCAGGGAAAUGAAAAGAACGAGCAGGACUUAACUGCUGUGGCUAUGAAAAGUGGUCUGAAUGAGGAAGUCAUCGUUCUUUUAUCAUCUCUUUAUACUCUAGUGGGUUGUGUGUCACACGAUCUGGACGAAGUUACUAAAUCGCACCUCUCCAAAACCUUCACCAGUAUCCUCUUUGAAUUUGUGAAAGUCAACACUCCUUUGCUGGGAGCAGCGCUGAAGGUUUUGAGCAAUCUAGUUCCUCAGAGCGAAGGGAGUCGAUCAAACUUUUGGUAUAAGCUAGAUUCGUGGAUUUUUAGAGACUCUAAGCUCUCUUUAGCUCAAAAGUCCUAUCGCGAGGCUUACGGAAGUGUACUGACAACCUUUUCCGACGUAACAGGCUUUUUGAACUUAUUGGAGAGUCUCCUCAGAGUAUGCACGACGGGAUUCGAUGAAUAUCUUAAAUUCGGAGUCCUUCCCUUCCCAGCAAAGCUCGGUAAGGGUUAUAGAAAUGUAGGGGUUUGGCCCUACUUCAACUACGUUUUCAAUGAGGUUUUUGUUCAAUCUCAGCAGCUCACCAAUAUGAAAGAAAAAGCAGCUGUGCAAAAACCUAUAUUACAGAUCAUUGACUAUGCGCUGCGCUCCUUCGACUAUUCUGUGAUUCUUAAUUCCAUUCCAGCAGGUUCCAAUUUGGACGAACUCGUCGAGACCGAUGACUUCUACUGCUAUGUUCAAGAAUCUCCAGCCACCGCAGCCAUCAAUUACCUUUUCGAAGAGAAGGUUUUUACGGUUCUUUUCGCAAAUGCUUCAUUUGGCGUCGAUAAUUUGGCUUUCGCGUCGCGGAACUCAAGCGAGUCACUGGAGCUCUUAAAAUUGGCACUGAAAAAUAUCAAUCAGCUCCUGGUCUGUCAAGAAACUUACGUGGAAGAACUAUGUCCGAUCGUCAAAAGAAAUACUAAAGCAGACUAUUUUCUGCCUCAUGAUUUCGGUAUACAUGGCCUGAAGUCGUUCUACAAUGCCGUAUUUUUCGAUUUACCAAUGAUUGCACAUUUUGGGCUUUACGUCGGAUUAGAAGACUGCACUAUUGCGUCUCAAUCGCUUCAAAUUUUGAAAAAGCUUGCAGUGGAAAUGAAAGGCCAUCACAAUAAGGCAAUUGUCAAAGACACAUUGUUGAGCGUAUUCGACUCUGUGGACGAGUCUGCCAGAGUUAAAGAAGCCUUCAUAAAUCAACUACUCAUGCCAAUUACGGACGAAGAGACUCUAAGGCUCAAGGUUGAAAUUUUGAGCUUUCUGUCGCAGACUCUUUUCUACACGGAUAAACAGCCCUCUGUCGCCCACUUUUUACUGGGUUUCUUCAUAGGAAGCACGCUUUCAUUGGGUCCUGACCUAAACACAUUUAUCAGUUCAGGACAUUCUGUUUUGGAUUCCAUUAUCUUCCUUCUACAAUCUUCGCUCGAAAUGAUGAAUGACGAAAACAUCGAAAAUGCACCAGUGCAGUUGGCAUCGUUGUCUAUGGAGAUUAUACUCAAGCUGUGUCGCAACACACUGACAUCGACUCUAAUCCUGAGUCGGCUCAGCGACUCCGGCUUAUUCGAGAAGCUUCUCGUUCUCGAUCCCAAAGUGAACAACAUAACCAGGUGGUCAUCUGAGAUAAUUUCAGGCAAUUCCGCCAAUGGCUUCCCAGAUUACACUGAUGAGAAAUCUGCUGGUGCAUUUUUGAGAUUCUUGUCUUACAGAACAUUUUCCUUGCAAUUUUUGAGUUUGGAUAUUCACAGACUGAGUAGUCAAUCGCUGAAAGCCAACAUAGACUCCAGAAUAGAUCUUCUCAUUUCCGAUAUCAUGCAACCGCCCCGCAUUUUUUCCUUUCUCGAUGUGUUGAGCUUCGAAAUAACGGCCUUGCCUAGCGAAGUUUUGCAGGAAUUGAUUGUAUGCGCAGAUAUUGAUUUGGGUGCACUCAAGGCGGAAGAUAGCAUAUCUAAUAGUGACAAGAUCUAUGAUAUGACAAGAUUGCAUUCUUUAGUGCAGCUGAAGACCCAAUCUCUCAGCAGGUGUCUUCCAAUUGUGACGCCACACACAACUAUACCAGAUACCGAAGCUCUAUAUCAAGUUUCGAAGAGCGAAGAGGUUAUCCUAACAAACUACUUGUCAACGAAUUUCUCUUUUCAUCGGUUUAAGUCUUUGCAGCUAUCUGUUCUGCAUUCUUGGGUUCAGUUAGUUCAAAUUGUCGUGCUUGAUGGGCAUUUGAGCAAAGAGGCUCGUUCGAAAUUUAUUCUCGAGCUGUUCGAAGCUUUGGUGCCCAGGAUCAUGGAUUGCAUUGAGCUCGACGUUGCAUACACCGAAGAGAUCGUCUCACUUUGUGUGUUCCUCUACGACACAUAUCAUAAAGAUCAUCAUCUACACUCCAAGAGUAAUUCUAUUGACGGUAGGUUAAUGUCGCUAUUCAUGGCUUGUAUCAAUGGUAUCAGAUCACCUUUAUCCACGCUUUCUUUGAGAUCAGACUUCUACGCUCUUGCGAACAGGUUUCUUUCUAACGUGCUGAAAGACUCGAGGGAGGCCAAGCAGAUAGCGCAGACUCUAAAGAUGUCCAGCGGCCGACUAAUAGAGGUGGUAUUCAACGACGCCAUAUCUGGAGAAGGUUCUUCUAGAAUUACAGGUAUACUCUUUUUGGACUCUCUUUUCCAGCUCGCAAGUCUCCAUAAAGUCAAUUUCGCUCUAGAAAGCUUAGUCAAAACAAACAUGCUCUUGCUCAUAGGACACUCCUUGACAGCAACCGAUGACUUUUUGAAAUCUGGAUUAGAGGGCAUAAGUCUAGACAACUUGCUGUACGAAUUGACUGCAUUCAAGUCCACAAUUCAUUUUCUCAUUCGCGUCGCAGAAACUCGUAGCGGUGCACAGGCCUUGGUUCAAAAUGACAUCUUUCAUGUUAUAGAAUCCUGCUCCUUUUUAAAGGUAGACCCUGAUUUGGGCCUCGACCUUGUCUUUGAUGAAGUGAGCAUGGAUACCUCGAAUCCGCUUCAUGUGAGCUUGAGUCUCGAUAGUUCUCUAACUUUAAAUCAAGAUGCAUGUGGUCUGUCGCUUUUCGAGAUUGUCGUUCCAGUUUUCCAACUCAUGACGUCGAUUUUACUUAGCAUGGGAAGCGCUAACAAGGCCGUGGUAAGAAGGACCCGCACUCUUCUGGAUCAUUUCCGAAAACUAGUUCAAGGCGUCUUGAAGCGCGACGCCUUAAUAGAGGAGGAUGAGAGCUUUCAACGGGAGACCAUGAACAGCGAAGGUUUAGCUCAGCUUGUGAAACUCGUUGUACUGCUAUGUACACUAACCGCCUACAAGUGA